AUGGCGGUGGCAGAUGUGAAGUUAAAUUCACCAACUCAAACAAACAGUCAAAGUGUUGUUGUCAAUGUCAAAGACAGAGAUGUUGAAGUGGGGAAACCAUACGAAGACGAAGAUGGUAUAACAAUUGUUCCUGUAAAAGAACCAACAUAUCCUGAAGUUAACAGAGACUUAAGUUCUGUUGCAGAUAUUCGAAACGACUACCAACAACUGAAAGACAAACUUCAAACUCAGGAGAAGAUUUGUCAAGCUUUAA